AGAGUGCAGAGCGUUUCCCAUUGGCCCUCUGUAUAUGUCGUUCCUGUUUCAUCAGCUUCAGCUGUGCUAGGUGGCAGCAGCGUGGGUCUUGUUCGUGCCGUCAUCUACGUACAGUUUCUUAAUUGUUUAGAAAAUCCCACUCAGUCCAUUCAGAAUGACGGAACGAAAGGGGACUGCCAAAUUGGACUACCUCAGAAAAAUUGAGUUGGAUGUGCAAAAGAAAUGGGAGAAGGAAAAAGUUUUUGAAAGUGAUGCACCCAGCACGAUUGGUGGCAGCAAAAACAAGAACAAGUACUUUGUCACCUUCCCCUACCCCUACAUGAAUGGAAGGCUUCAUCUUGGUCACACGUUCUGUCUGUCAAAGUGUGAGUUUGCAGUUGGGUAUCAGCGUUUGAAAGGAAAGCAUUGCCUCUUCCCUUUUGGACUCCACUGCACAGGGAUGCCUAUCAAGGCCUGUGCCGAUAAGCUGAAGAGGGAGAUGGAACUCUAUGGCUGCCCGCCCCAAUUCCCUGAUGAGGAGGAUGAGGGGGAAGAGGACCUCAAGCCUAAACUUGGGGAGGAGAUCGUCAUCAAAGACAAGUCUAAGGGAAAAAAGAGCAAAGCGGCGGCCAAGGCCGGGGCGGCGAAGUUCCAGUGGGACAUCAUGAAGUCGCUGGGCAUGCGGGACGGCGAGAUCGCCAAGUUCGCGGACGCCGCCCACUGGCUGGACUACUUCCCGCCGCUGGCCGUUCAGGAUCUGCGGAGCAUGGGAGUCAAGAUUGACUGGCGGCGUUCCUUCAUCACGACGGACGUCAAUCCCUUCUACGACUCCUUCGUCAGGUGGCAGUUUGUUACUCUGAAGGAGAGGAAAAAAAUCAAGUUUGGUAAAAGGUAUACCAUCUACUCUCCGAAAGAUGGGCAGCCGUGUAUGGACCAUGACAGACAGACUGGGGAGGGAGUUGGUCCCCAGGAGUACACCCUUAUCAAAAUGAAGAUUGUUGAACCUUACCCCUCAAAACUAAGCGGCCUGAAAGGCAAGAGCGUCUUCUUGGUGGCCGCGACCCUCCGGCCGGAGACCAUGUUCGGCCAGACGAACUGCUGGGCACGGCCCGACAUGAGGUACGUCGUCUUCGAGACGGCGAGCGGCGAGGCGUUCGUCUGCACGCGCCGGUCGGCCCGGAACAUGGCCUACCAGGGCUUCACCAAGGAGAACGGCGUGGUCCCCGUGCUCAUGGAGAUUCUGGGACAGGAUAUUCUUGGCUGUGCUCUGAGCGCCCCCCUUACCUCCUACAAGACCAUCUACGCCCUGCCGAUGCUCACCAUCAAAGAGGACAAAGGUACCGGGAUUGUCACCAGCGUUCCGUCCGACGCACCCGACGACAUCGCUGCCCUCAGGGACAUCAAAAAGAAACAGGCACUGAGGGAGAAGUACGGGAUCGAAGACAAAAUGGUGUUGCCGUUUGAGCCGAUCCCCAUCAUCGAGAUCCCGGGCUUCGGGAACCUGUCCGCCCCCCUGGUGUGCGACGAGCUGAAGAUCCAGAGCCAGAACGACCGCGAGAAGCUGGCCGAGGCCAAGGAGAGGGUCUACCUCAAGGGCUUCUACGAAGGGGUCAUGCUGGUGGACGGAUACAAGGGGCAGAAGGUCCAGGAUGUGAAGAAGCCCAUUCAGAAGAUGAUGGUGGAGAAGGGCGAGGCCCUCAUCUACAUGGAGCCGGAGAAGCAGGUGACGUCCCGCUCGGCGGACGAGUGCGUGGUGGCGCUCUGCGACCAGUGGUACCUGGACUACGGAGACAAGGAGUGGAAGCAGCAGGCCUCGGGCUGCCUGAAAGACCUGGAGACGUACGGAGAUGAGACCAGGAAGAACUUCGAAGCGACGCUGGCCUGGCUUCAGGAACACGCGUGCUCUCGAACCUACGGCCUGGGGACGCGGUUGCCGUGGGACGAGCAGUGGCUGAUCGAGUCCCUGUCGGACUCCACCAUCUACAUGGCCUACUACACCGUGGCUCACUUUCUGCAGGGCGGAGUUCUGAACGGCCAGGGGGCUUCCCCUCUGGGUAUCAGGCCGGAGCAGAUGACCCGGGAGGUGUGGGACUUCAUCUUCCUGAAGAACACGCCCCUCCCCAAAACCGACAUCCCCAAGGAGCACCUGCAGAGGCUGCGGCGGGAGUUCGAGUACUGGUACCCCGUGGACGUGCGCGUCUCCGGCAAGGACCUGGUGCCCAACCACCUGUCCUACUACCUGUACAACCACGUGGCCAUGUGGCCCGAGGACAGUGGGAAGUGGCCACAGGCAGUCAGAGCUAACGGACACCUCCUAUUGAAUUCGGAGAAGAUGUCAAAGUCUACUGGGAACUUCCUGACCCUGAGCCAGGCCGUCGACAAGUUUUCCGCUGACGGGAUGCGCCUGGCCCUGGCGGACGCCGGCGACACGGUGGAGGACGCCAACUUCGUGGAGACCAUGGCCGACGCGGGCAUCCUGCGCCUCUACACCUGGGUGGAGUGGGUCAAGGAGAUGAUAGCCAAUCAGAACAACCUGAGGACGGGUCCCGCCGACACCUUCAACGACAGGGUCUUUGCCAGUGAGAUGAAUGCUGGGAUCAUUAGGACGGAGCAGCACUAUGAGAAGAUGAUGUACAAGGAGGCUUUGAAAAGCGGCUUCUUUGAGUUCCAGGCCGCGAAGGACAAGUACCGGGAGCUGGCCAUCGAGGGCAUGCACAGGGACCUCGUCUUCCGCUUCGUCGAGUACCAGACCCUGCUGCUGGCGCCCAUCUGCCCUCACCUGUGCGAGCACACCUGGGCGCUGAUGGGAAAGAGCGAGUCCCUGAUGAAGGCCGUGUGGCCGGCCGCCGGACCCGUGGACGAGGUUCUGAUCCGCUCCUCCCAGUACCUGAUGGAGACGGCGCACGACCUGCGCCUGAGGAUGAAGGCCUACAUGCAGCCGCCCAAGACCAAGAAGGGUGACAGCAAGCCCCUGGAGAAGCCCAGUCACUGCACCAUCUACGUGGCCAAAAGCUAUCCCCCCUGGCAGCACAGUGCCCUCGUUCUGCUGGGGAAGCACUACAAGAACAACAAUGGCACUCUGCCGGAGAACAAAGUGAUCGCCGCCGAACUCGGCGCCAUGCCGGAGCUGAAGAAGUACAUGAAGAGGGUCAUGCCCUUCGUCGCCAUGAUCAAGGAGAACCUGGAGAAGAACGGGUCCAGGGUUCUGGACCUGGAGCUGGAGUUUGAUGAGCGUGCAGUUCUGCUAGAGAACAUCGUGUAUUUAACCAAUGCCCUGGAGCUGGAACAGAUCGACGUCGCGUUCGCCUCCGAGGCGGACGACAAAGUGAAGGAGGACUGUUGCCCGGGGAAACCGUUCAGCGUCUUCAGAUCGGAGCCUGGGGUGCCUGUGUCCUUCAUCAACCCCCAGCCGGCCAACGGCCUGUUCACCACCAAGAUCAGCAUCCGCCAGGGCGACAACAAAGACAGCAUCGUCCGGCGGCUGUCCAAGGUCAACCGAGCCAUCAAAGACCUGUCCAAGGUGAAGCUGAUGCGGUACGACGACCCCCUCCUGGGGCCCCGCCGCCUGCCCGUCCUGGGGAGGGAGGAGCAGGGCAAGUCCCCCAUUUCGGAGCGGAGCACGUUCCACGUCGACCUGGCCGGCAGGAAGGUGCACGUCACGGACAACGGCCUCAGCGUGGACGUCGGGGACACCUUGGUGUACCUGGUCUAGGGGAGCCCUGGGGGGGGGCGGUGCUGAAGAGCGACCGGGCCUCGCCCCGAACUUUGCCCAAAACCUGGCCCCAGACCUGGCCCCAGACCUCGCAUUGUCACACGCGCACACUCACUCACGCACACGCACGCACACACACACACACACACAACGCCUCUCUCACCGUCAGGCCCGCUCCUGUUGCUGCUCUAAAGGGCUGAUCACCCAAAGGCUGAAGCUCACGCUGCUGUUCAUCGCAGCUGGGGUACGAAGGGGGUGCAAUCGCAGAUUAUUAUUAUUAUUAUUAUUAUUAGCAAGUUUUUGUGCAAAUCCGUCCACCACAUGAUGUAUUGUUCAGAGUUGGAGGUGGGAGGGGUGCUGCGGAAUUUAUUUCUCCAACGCCCACACGCAGGCGCACACACACACACACACACAGACAGACUUACGCAUACACAGAGACACACGCACUUACACGAACACCACACACACCGUGCGUACACGCACGCGCACACGCAUGUGGUUCCUCACAUCAGUAGUUCAUGAGCGGUGCCUUUUAAAAUGAACCGAUACGACAGAUUUAGUCAUUGUCAGUGGAGAGGUUGUUUCGAGGCGGUUGUGGUUUAUAGUGCGGCGCCAGCGCGUCUAAGAUAUGAGUGUGCUUCAGUUCUGUGUCUGAUCGGUGCUUUUCGAAAGGUCAGAGGGGCGGGGCCUGGUGGACGGGCUGGGCCGGGCCUGGACUUUGGGCUGUGCUAGAGAGGAGCGCGUCCUGAUGUCUUUCUGUACAAAUAAACCUGUGUUUCCUGUAAUAAAUACGCCCUCCGUCGA